AUGAAGCUGAUGUGCAAUGCUACACAAGGCCGGAGACGGAAGAUUCGCUGUAUCUUUCCUCCUAGCAGCUCCGUCUGCUCUCACUGUUCAACCCGUGGCUCUACAUGCAUCGACCAGAAUGAGGGCGUGGACACUACAGAGCACGCCGAGCCAGCAAGGCCUCGGACCUCUACACCCUCGUCCACGUCACGGAGACGGUCCAGAGUUCAGUCUUUGCCGAGAGUAUCCUCCCGUCAAGGAGACCUGACAGCACGGCAUACUUUCGUCUCGGACGAAGAGACCUCGGACAUAGAACCUCCCUCAGAUCAUCCACCUCCCCUUGUUGCCGUAUUUGAUGACACCCAGACCGAUGCCCCGAUGCCAUCCAGUCGUGGCACUCGCCUCAACCAAGCGGAAGCCCACAAAGCAAAGAUAUGCGGCACCCUGCGCUCAGCUCUCCCCAGUUACGACGAGAUUACAGCAACUCUCGCCAAGAAUGGAUCUUGGUGGGAUAGCUUCCGUCAGAAAACGCGUGCCAUUUCUCAAAGCGAGCCUUUGGAACCACUCCUUACGUUCGCCGCCCAUGCAUACACAAGCACCAACCCAGCCGAGCUGGCCAUCUUGGCUGUUGCCUAUGCGCGGAGUUUAGGUCAAGGUCAUAAGAUAUUUACUCUCGUGGAUACCCUCAUCAUUGGUGACUUUGCUCUAGCAGCUACGUUGGAUGGCAUGGAGUGUUUGGUCUUGCUGGCAAAGACGUAUACGGAUAUUGGACAGCCUCGACGGGCGUGGUUCACAUGGCGGAAGGGUUUAGCCAUUGCGCAGAUGAUGGGCAUGCACCGUCUUAGUCCAACGGCUCCUGCUAUCCGACAGCGGAUAUGGUGGGCAAUCUACCACGGCGAUCGCUUCACCAGCCUACUUCUCGGACUCCCUCAUGGAUUUAAUGAUGCCCUUCUCAAUACCUCGGAACCAAGAGAUGCGGAUUCAGGCUCGCCCGAGGUCUGGGUCCCCAUAUUUAUCCACAAGUGCGCAGUCACCGCUGGAGAAGUCAUCAACUAUCUCAUAUCACCUGGAAAGCCAUCUUUCGCCAAGGCAAUGUCUCUCGAUGAAGAGAUGGAUAGUAUCUACAACUCAGUACCCUCAAUCUGGUGGGAUAUUCCGGAAAAGCUGCCCAGCUCCCGCAUUGAGCUUAAUAGCCUCGUUGACCGACUGUUGAUUCAUUUCUUCUUCUUCCACAUUCGCAUGUACAUCCACCUGCCAUUCCUGAAACACUCAUCCUCAUCAACAUCACAAGAAGUAGCUAGGCUAGCAUGCACAGGCGCAGCCAGACAACUAGUGAAGUGCUUCUUGGUUCUUCACGCCGAGGUGGAUGGGGCGAGCCUAUUUGACUGCAAGACCUCAGACUUUGUCGCUUUCACGGCCGCGGUGGUCUUGCUUAUGGGAAACUCUAUCUCAAGCGAUCGCUCUAGGUCAGAAGACUCGCAACUUGUCACUGAUGCGGAGGGGAUCUUUCAGGCGUCCGAGGAAGAGGGAUGUAAGAUGGCCAGUCAGUGUCGAAAGGCAUUGACGCUUCUCUCCAGUCCUCCGCAGCACGGGGGGUCUACUCAGGAGAUCCCUAUCCCAUACUUUGGAAAGGUCGUAAGGAGAGUUCCAGUGCAGAGUUCCCGGGCUGGAGAUGAAACACCGGCCAGUGCCUAUCCUCAGUUAACACCGUCUACGACGGAAGCUUCUUCUUCUGAUGCACAUAGUACCUGGGGAAGCACAUAUAGCUUGGAUUACAUGGGGUUUACUCCAGCUCUGGCAAUGGAUGAGAUGUGGGGAUUUGGGGGAAACUCGGAGGACGACACAAUGUCUCCGUUUGGACUGGAUGUUGGGAUGCUGGAUAUCGAUCAAGACUGGAGCUUGUUUCUACCUUGA